UCAUGGAAGUGAAAACAAAUCUAAACAUGAGCCGAUAACUAAAUUGUACCACGCUUGUUUUGUGUUCUGCUUCAAGAGGAACCUCCAUCCCCACCUGUAAAGCCAAACUUUUUUUUACAUAGAUUGCCUCGGUUACCGUCUGACAACAAAUGUGUUUUCAAACUUUGCAAGUACGUGCAGAUGAAAUGUUGUGAAUACUCAAUAGGAGCAGUUGAGGUACUGGUAGGUUAAAGAUCAUAAAAAAAUCUAGACUUCGGUACUGUAGUGAGCCCGGCAUUCCACAAGCUGGUAAGAUGGACGACAUCGCCACCCUACUGAUAUCUGUGUUCACCUGGUCCACCCUGUACUUCACGCUAUGCUUGUUGAAUCCUCGGCGCAGCUACGAGUGGCACAUCCGUACAGUCACUGUGGUGCAUGCUGUUACGGUGACAAUCCUUGGACUCUACAGUAUAUUUGUGGUUGGUCCAUGGCCAUUUGACAGAAUGGGUGGUGAAAGUAAUGCGUUUCAGCAGUUUGUGGUGACAAUAUCCCUUGGGUAUUUCCUUCUCGAUCUCUCUUGGUGUCUCUACUUCCAAACAGAAGGUCCAGUGAUGCUGCUACACCAUAGUCUCAGUAUCACAGGGCUCAGUGUGUGCUUCGUGUUGAAGAUGUACGGCAUAGAGAUUGUCGCGACCAUCAUGGGCGCUGAGCUGACAAACCCUUUGCUACAGUUUCGCUGGUUCCUCAGAGAAACCAACCAAUACAAUUCGUUGCUAGGUGACAUAGUUGACGUCUUGUUCAUGGUGUUGUUUGGGAUAGUCAGGAUUGGGCUUGGUACACUGCUUCUUAUUUCUUGUUAUAUGCAAGACACCACUGACUGGCUGACUCGUUUAGGUGGCACCUGUAUAUACAGCAUAGGUUGGGUGUUCUUCAUCAGUAUAGUUCAGUACGGUAUUAAGAAGUACAAGAAGAAAUAUGGGUCUGGAAGGAAGGAUCAUCAUGCUGAUGGGACUCUAAAGGCAAAUGGAGAGCUUUCACAUGAGACCAAUGGUGCCUUAGGGAGUGAUUCGUUUUCUGUACAUUCUAAUGGAAAUGGAGUAGGCACUGGGGAUGUACAGAAUGGCGGCAUACACAAGCGUCAUGUAGCCAAUGGAACAGUGCAUUAAGACACAAUUCAUUUAGUUGUGCAAACUAAAAAACUUGCUAUACAAAUCUUAAGUAGUGAUGCCUAAAGCUAUAAUGGCAACCUUAAGAGUAUUACUUAAUAUAAACAAAUAUUAAUUUUGUUCACUGAUGGAAAAACAUUCAUUCCUUUCUUGAAAAUUUAAAAAUAAAUCGAAGUGAUUUCCCUGCAUUUAUAUACAUAAAUAUACAUUAAUCAUGAUAAAUAUACUAUGGUAGUAAAAUAUUGUCGGGUCAUGAUCUGGGGAAUCAAACCAAGCAAUAGAAUAUAUUACCUUUUUCAAUGCGAUUCCAUGUUGACAUGUAAUUGUUUUAUGUUGUUGCAGUUGUUGAUGCUGCCUAUGCUAAUUAAUGGAUAUUGUGGAUUGCCUAUUUUCUUGUUUCACAUAUCAAGAUAAAGAUAGAUCAAAUUUUACAA